GAAAAUGCGACAUGGCAGUAAAACCGUAUUAUUCAUAAUUAAUUAGUUGCGUUACUUUCAUAUGAAAAUAUUUUCCAACAUAUGUUAGAAAACCGUUUUACGACACAAAAUAAUAAAUAAAAAACAGACUAUAUGCAUUUGUUAUGCUUUCAUAUGGUGCCGUCGACUUGUGUCAGAAGUGCAUUAAACUAAAUCAAAUUAGGAAAGUGAUCAUAUUUACUUUUAUAACCAACCGAGCAACAUCUGAGGUGCCGUAACUCUCGCACGAUGAAAUAAUAAAAAAUCGUAAAAAAAACGUAAUAAAAUUAACAACCGAAAAAUGGAUGGAAUAACAUUUGAUGACGUCUCUUGGCCUCAAGUUGCUCUUUACACGGUUUUUUCUUUCCUCGUGUUGAUGCUGCUCGGUGCCCUCAUCUACAUCACGUGCUCGAAAAAGUUCCGUCUCAAUUGGUUCGAGAAAAAUUUGCUGGAUCAGGCGAAGGAACGCGAAGAAUUGCGUCAAAGUUUUUAUAAUGUUAAUGAAUACAACAGUCGAGAAGCGCUUGUCGAAAGCGGCGUCCCAUUCAACGUAGAUCCCGUCGCUGGCUCAUCUCGCUCUCUAAAUCAUCAAAAUAACGGAAGUCCCUCAUCUUUACGGUCUGACGAUCCAACUUUUUGGGUUCCGCCGACAUUGCACAAGCAAAGUAGCAUCAUUGGAGACAUUCAUUCGUCAGCUGAUGAAUCCAUGCCACAAACUCCUUCCUCGCCAACGAGUAGUAACCGUUCGUUGCCCCUUUCGACGAAUUCCGUGCCAAUUGCGCGCACCGACAAACACGUUGUCCUCACAAAUACGAGUCCCGCCCGCCCCAAAGUCGCUUCGAUGCAGGCGAAACUCGAUCACACGAAAAUCGACAUGAGUUUGUACAAAAUUCCGAAGGAGCAACCCGUGCCCAAAAUCAUGCCUGUGCCCGAAGAGACGAAAGGCAGUGUGCAUCUUAUGCUAAUCUACGAUCCAACGCGUGGCUUGUUGACAGUCAGAUUAAUGGAGGCACAAAAUUUGCACCCACGCGAAUUUAGCGGUACAGCAGAUCCGUAUGGAAAGUUACGAUUAUUGCCAGAUAAAUCAACGGUAUACCAAACAAAGAUACACAAGAAGACACUGAAUCCAGUGUUUGACGAGGAUUUUGUGUUCGAAGUGAAGCCAGCGACAGUUGCGCGUUGCACUCUCGAGAUUUUGAUGUACGAUUUCGACGCGUAUUCGCGUCACGUGUGCAUCGGCGGUUUGACGAUCAAUUUAUCUGCUGUCGAUUUGUCGGAUCGCGUCGAGUUAUGGAAGCAACUUGCUCCGUGCGCCGAACACAAUGCGAAAUUGGAGCUUGGGGACUUGAUGGUGUCACUACAAUACUUGCCGAGUGCCGAGCGAUUGACAGUUGUCAUCAUUAAAGCGAGAAAUUUGCGAGUUGUUGACGACACGCGAAACUCAUCGGAUCCAUUUGUCAAAGUGUCAUUAGUGCAUAACAAUAAGCGACUCAAGAAGAAGAAAACGACAGUGUUCCGGAACACGGUAAAUCCCGUUUUCAACGAGGCAUUUUCGUUCGAUGUGUCGAAGGAGAUGCUCAAGACGUCGCUAAUUGAGUUUCUCGUGUUGCACGACAGUCUGCUGGGCACCAAUGAGCUACUUGGGCGUGCUGUGAUCGGCAAUAAGGCGGAUAUCAGGCAUGAGGAACGCGUAUUUUUCGACGAAAUGCUCCGUAACAAGACAGCGAUAGCUCAAUGGAUUCCGCUGACAGAUCCGCGUGCCGAACAACAACGCAGUGCUGUCAAGUAACUCGGGUUUUAGGCGGAAAAUUAAUUAUUUUUCUUUUGGCAUCAACAGUAUUACUAUGCUUUAACACCCACAUACAAAAAAAAACACUUCUAACAAGACUUAUUUAGAUGUUAUUAUGAAUGUUUUGACAAAAUACUCGAUGGAGACGCCUUGUUAUCAGAGCUAAAGAUGUUUAAAAAUUACUUAAAAAUAUAUAUAUGGGCACAAUUUAAUAAAAUUCUUUAAGAAACUUUCAAAAAACUUCAUGCCAUAUCAGUUUGUGCUUAAAAAAAUGACAAAUCUUAAAAAAAAAAUAUUUAUGUGAUCUCUAUUGUGGAAAAAUUCAACAACAAAAGAACAGUACCUAACAAAUUAAAACGUGGAAAAAAUAGUUUUUUUUUAAUAAUUAGCCAGAUGUGCUCUCUUAACAAUAGCCAUGAAUGUAAAUAGCCCAGAUUUAGUUAUUUCUCGAUUAUAAGUGUAAAAAAAUAUAAAAUUUAUUAAAUAAAAAUAUUUAUAAAAUAUAUUGAAUUUAAUUAAA